GUACAGAAAAUGGAUGGACGGAUGGAUGUCUGAUUCGUUUAAACGGAUUUGUUUGAAAGAGUCGAUUCAGUGAAUCUCUGUGGCUAUCACUAUUCAGCAGGCGCGAGCGCAUAGACAGCCCACCACCACCUGUAGGUCAUGCGCUUGUGUCGCAGCAGCGCAGAUUUAUUGGUAUUCUUAAAGCGUAGCGACUAAGUGAGGACGCAAACAUGAGCGAUCUCCGCACUGGACGCAUUUGUUCAUUUCUGGACAUACGUGUAUAUUUCUUUUACCAGACAUCUGCGGUAUGAGUUCGAUGAACUGGUGAGAUUUGACAGAUUUGCUAUUUACCUAAGUAGACCGCUAAUGGCACAUGUUGUCGCGUAAUUACGCCUUUUAGCGCCUCUUUAUCAGUAAAACAGUGCUAUAAUCUGCUCGCUUUAACGGUUAUGGUGUCGUUCAGGCUAUAUGUUACACUGCUGUCUGAGACUGGAGUGUGAAAAGAAAAAUCAGCCUACGGAUUGCAUGCUGAAGGCGAUGCUGUGGGCGAAAAUGGUGGCGAGUUAAGUUGGUGUUAAAUCUGUGAUCGCGGACGCAGGAGUUCGGUAGUGACUGUGAAGUUUGCGCACCGCUGAUGUGCCUGGAAGUGCUGACAAGUUGAUGGGAUUUUAACAUUUUGGGCAACUUCAAGGAAGAUAUGAGUGCUCUCCUCCCUGCUCUCAGCUCCCUCCUGCUCCUGUUCUGCUGCCAAAUCUGCCUUAGUGAAGCAAGUAAGUGAACAGGGAUCUCUUCAUCAGCAUCUUCAUCAUCAUCAUCAUCUUCUUCUUCUUCAUCAUCAUCAUUACCAUGUCAGAGUCUUACGACCGUCCUGCUGCUCCUGUCAAUGUCUCUGUCACUCACCUGAGAGCAAACUCAGCCACCGUAUCCUGGAACGUCCCAGAAGGGGAGGCUGUAAUUGGCUACGCCAUCUCCCAGCAGAGACAAGAUGGCCUCAUGCAGCGGUUCAUCAGGGAAAUUAACACCACCAGUCGUGCUUGUGUGCUAUGGGACCUAGAUGAAAACACAGACUAUAUUAUUCAGGUGCAGUCUAUCGGGCUGCAUGGGGAAAGCCAAGCCAGCAAGAGGGUUCAUUUUCGAACCCUUGAAAAAUCAGACCACUUCCAGUCUAACAUGGUGGCUCAAGGUGACCCCUCAGUAGAAGGUCUUGAUAUUUCCAGGCACCUUCAGACGGGAGAGAUGUUAAUCAUUACGACUGUGCUACUAAUGUGGGCAGCGGUGAUUGCUCUCUUCUGUAGGCAGUACGAGAUCAUCAAAGACAAUGACUCAAACAACCACAGUAAGGAGAAGACCAAACCCCUCUCUGUGCACAGUACUCCAGAUUACCAUAAUGGAGGGCUUCUAGGGAACAAGAGGACACCAUCAGCAGUUAGCAUCAUUAAGGUCUGACCAGCACAUCAGUGCAGAAACUGGUAGAUCUGGUCCUAGAGGGAUCUUCUAAGUCAUCAUUCAAUAGUAAUAACAUCCAGCUCUGUGUAAUACACUGUAUUUCUGUACUACGUUACAGUGUGAAAUAGCAAUGUAGGACAAUGUAGAUGUAGGGACAUAGCAAUAGAAGAAGAUUGAUCAGUUACAGUUUGUUUAAUCAUGAUGUAACUAAAUUGCAUUAUUAUUGACCAGGUUAAUCUUAUCAGUGAAUGAGGCAUAGCAUAAUCAGUGUUAUGUCCUGGAAUAAAUAUUAAAUCUUGAAAUCUGUUCAUAAUGAACAAAUAUAAAAUGUAUUUACUUCUGCUACCUAUCCUCUAUGCAUAUGAAAAAUCUGAAACUUGCAGUUAAUAAUAACUUUAAUAGCGCAGAAAUGAACUUAUUUCCAGAGCAUCCUGAAUAUGUUAAAAUAUGAUCGAAUUUUAUUAUCUUUCACAAAAAACUUCUACUGACACAUUACACUUCUACUACACUUCUGUACUGUACUUUAAAAGGUAUUUUUCUCACAUAGGGUCACCUACUACUUGAUAUAUGACAACAUUAUAAAUAGGCUGCUGCUGCAAUCUCUAGUUUUACAGACACAACUUGAUCUCAGUCUUGUAGAUAAUCUGUUUCUCAUAUUUAAAGAAAUCCUGGACUUGAAUAAAUCUAGAAAGCCCAUGUCCUAAUGUUUAUCUGCAGUGAAAAAUAGCAUUGUAUUUCUGUUACUUUGGGUGGUAGUGUGCAACCAUAGUCCUACAUUGCAUUACAAAAUGUACUGUAUCUAAUGAAUUGGAAAGUUGUAAUAUAAUGAGUUAAAGAUGCAUAUGGACAGCGCAUUAGAGACAUUGUUUUGAUUGUAUAUGUUUUGUCAAUUGGAAAAUAAUGUUAUAUGUGGCAUUUUGAGAAUGUUAUUGAUAGAGGAAUAUAGUAGAAUCAUGUAUAAACUGUUACAGUAGGACACUAGGUCAGGUUGCUUUCAUUUUCCCAUAACAUACAGCAUUAUAAUACAUACUGCUGGCAUAAAUUUUGUUGAAACUGAUCACAUUUUUUCUUUUAUAUCUACAUAGUAGCUAUUAUUACUGCAAAUGUAUCACAUUUGGAUUACAUCCAAAUAAACCUAUGAACUCUGA